CGCCUGGCACCGAGCGCAGCCGCCGCUGCCGCACUUUCCACUUGUAUUGAUCACCUCUCAGCCCCGCGCAGCCGGCUCGCCCGAGCGGACCGCGGCCAGCGCGCCAGCCCUUGGCAGCCCCGGAGCACUCGGGCUCCGGGAGCAAACUCCUUGGGAGCGCCCUGUCCGGGGUGCCCUCUGCGCUCUGCAGUGUCUUUCUUUCUGCCUGGGAGGAGGAGGAGGAAGAGGAGGAGGAGGAGGAGGAAGAGGAGGAGGAGGAGGAGGAGGAGGACGUCUGGUCCCGGCUGGGAGGUGGAGCAGCGGCAGCAGCAGCAGCCGCCGCCGCCGCUGCCGCCGCCGCCGGAAAGGGAGAGGCAGGAGAGCCCGAGACUUGGAAACCCCAAAGUGUCCGCGACCCUGCACGGCAGGCUCCCUUCCAGCUUCAUGGGCAAAGUGUGGAAACAGCAGAUGUACCCUCAGUACGCCACCUACUAUUACCCCCAGUAUCUGCAAGCCAAGCAGUCUCUGGUCCCAGCCCACCCCAUGGCCCCUCCCAGUCCCAGCACCACCAGCAGUAAUAACAACAGUAGCAGCAGUAGCAACUCAGGAUGGGAUCAGCUCAGCAAAACGAACCUCUAUAUCCGAGGACUGCCUCCCCACACCACCGACCAGGACCUGGUGAAGCUCUGUCAACCAUAUGGGAAAAUAGUCUCCACAAAGGCAAUUUUGGAUAAGACAACGAACAAAUGCAAAGGUUAUGGUUUUGUCGACUUUGACAGCCCUGCAGCAGCUCAAAAAGCUGUGUCUGCCCUGAAGGCCAGUGGGGUUCAAGCUCAAAUGGCAAAGCAACAGGAACAAGAUCCUACCAACCUGUACAUUUCUAAUUUGCCACUCUCCAUGGAUGAGCAAGAACUAGAAAAUAUGCUCAAACCAUUUGGACAAGUUAUUUCUACAAGGAUACUACGUGAUUCCAGUGGUACAAGUCGUGGUGUUGGCUUUGCUAGGAUGGAAUCCACAGAAAAAUGUGAAGCUGUUAUUGGUCAUUUUAAUGGAAAAUUUAUUAAGACACCACCAGGAGUUUCUGCCCCCACAGAACCUUUAUUGUGUAAGUUUGCUGAUGGAGGACAGAAAAAGAGACAGAACCCAAACAAAUACAUCCCUAAUGGAAGACCAUGGCAUAGAGAAGGAGAGGUGAGACUUGCUGGAAUGACACUUACUUACGACCCAACUACAGCUGCUAUACAGAACGGAUUUUAUCCUUCACCAUACAGUAUUGCUACAAACCGAAUGAUCACUCAAACUUCUAUUACACCCUAUAUUGCAUCUCCUGUAUCUGCCUACCAGGUGCAAAGUCCUUCUUGGAUGCAACCUCAACCAUACAUUCUACAGCACCCCGGUGCCGUGUUAACUCCCUCAAUGGAGCACACCAUGUCACUACAGCCCGCAUCAAUGAUCAGCCCUCUGGCCCAGCAGAUGAGUCAUCUGUCACUAGGCAGCACCGGAACAUACAUGCCUGCAACGUCAGCUAUGCAAGGAGCCUACUUGCCACAGUAUGCACAUAUGCAGACGACAGCGGUUCCUGUUGAGGAGGCAAGUGGUCAACAGCAGGUGGCUGUCGAGACGUCUAAUGACCAUUCUCCAUAUACCUUUCAACCUAAUAAGUAACUGUGAGAUGUACAGAAAGGUGUUCUUACAUGAAGAAGGGUGUGAAGGCUGAACAAUCAUGGAUUUUUCUGAUCAAUUGUGCUUUAGGAAAUUAUUGACAGUUUUGCACAGGUUCUUGAAAACGUUAUUUAUAAUGAAAUCAACUAAAACUAUUUUUGCUAUAAGUUCUAUAAGGUGCAUAAAACCCUUAAAUUCAUCUAGUAGCUGUUCCCCCGAACAGGUUUAUUUUAGUAAAAAAACAAAAACAAAAAACAAAAACAAAAGAUUUUUAUCAAAUGUUACGAUGCAAAAAAAAAAAAAAAAAAAAAAAAAAAAGAAAAAACUUCAAUUUUCUGGGUAUGCACAAAGACCAUGAAGACUUAUCCAAGUGCAUGACCGGAUUUUUGUGGUUUUGUUCAUUUUGUGUUUAAUUUGUGUUUUUUUUUCCAGCUGUAUGAAAUGGGCUUUCUGAAGUUUAAAUAGUCCGACUUCACCCAUGGUGUUCUGUGCUUGCAGUGCGAGUGUUGCUGUAAUUCAGUGUUGCCGUCAGUGUCUCUUUUCUUAGCUUUCUUUCUUUCAAUGUAGUGUGAAGUGUCUUAUCCUUUUCUAUGAAUUCCAAUUUGCCUUAACUCUUUUGAUGCUGUAGCUGUUUCAGUAAAAGUUAGUUCAAACUAAUGAUGUAGAAUGCUUUGACCAAAUGAGCUGGUCUAUUAUGCCUUGUAAAACAGCAGCAUAGGGCUUUUAAAAGGUAGUCAAUAAAAGUUGCUGAAAUUUUGGCUUUUUUAAAUAUGUAGUAGGUGUUUUUAAUGAUUUUUCACAUAAUGUGUAAGGUAGUGAAAUGCAAGAAGGGAAAAAUGUUUUGUGUGAAACACAUUUUCUGACUGGGGAACUUUUAUUAGGGUAAAUUGUUUGUAAGGCUGUACGCCAACAGUUUCCUCUGAUAGUUUGACUGAUUUAGGAUAUCUGCUGUAUGAUGCAAUGUAAAGUCUUUUUUGCCUUUUUUCAGGAAAAAAAAAAAAACUAACUUGAUGUACUAGAUUUAGUGUAGGUAGUGUUGGGGUUGGGGACGGGGGGGUGGGGGAGGGGAGUCACUGAAUGUUUUGUCCUUCCUUUAUACUAAUGAUAGUGCUUUAGAAUGAGAAUUAUGCCUGAAAUCUGGCAAACCGAAAAAUGUUGCUAUUGCAACAAAGUGGCAAAAGCUAAAAGUAAGGAUUUAUCUUCAAACAUAAGCUGAGAUACGAAUAGAAGCAAAACGAUUGGCUACUAGCUCUCUCUCUCUCUAUUAGGUAAAUUUGAAAAAUAAAAAUGACUUGGCACUUUUAAAGGUAACUUCACCAAAGACCGAAGAGCCAGUAACCAGUAGCUCCAACUUGUCUCAGCAUCACAUCUUCUGUGCUCUUUAUUUUUGCCGGACCAGUUUGCGGUUAGGAGAAUGUGCCUUUUUUGUACCUUUGCAUUUAGGUUUUAUAAUUUUAAUUGAUGUAUGGACACACACAAACAAAAAAGCAUGAAGGAAGAUUUGGAUCCAAGCAGUGCCACACUUUACAUCAUCACUACAAGUGUUCAAGUGUAAAGAAAACCAAUUUUGAAACUAUGAAAUUCCUGAUUCAUAAAUACAGUUAUUUCUACUUUAGUACAUAUAAGAUAAUUCACUGUUACUAAAGCUCUUUUAUUAAGGCAAUUGCAUAUGUUUUAAAAGCAAUGGUAAAUUAAGUUGUCUUCCAAAACUGUGUACUUGUCUGGUCAGCUGUGUAUGAUCAGUUAUCUACCUCAGAGUCUAUUUUCUUUUGUGCUGGGACAGGUUGCUGGCCCUCCCUGUUUCCACAGACCAAAUCCUCCUAGCUCAGGAGCUAGGGCUAAGCAGUUAUUUCUUUCAAGUAUUUUUUAGUUCUUAAAUUUUAUGCUUGUAUUUGAUGAUAGAUGUCAGUGACAUUUCAUAGUUUCAAAAGUCCUUGCUGCUCUGAGAAGUGUAGAUUCUAGUGAAAAUUACAUAGUCAUAAGAGAAAUGUGUUUUUGUUUUUGUUUUUGUUUCAUUUUUUUAAAGUUGUGGUAUUAUUGGUUCUAUGCUCCCUGGAAUAUUACUGCUUUGUGAAAGUCCAGACUGAACGCAGCACCCUCUGUGUACCUAGUACAGUUAUAAACCUGGGUCUCUCACUACUUGAUAUUUUUGCAUUAGUUAAGACAGAAAUUUGAUAGCUCGGUUAGAGGGGAGGGGAAAUCUGCUGCUAGAAAUGUCUGAACUAAGUGCCAUACUCGUCUGGGUAAGAUUUGGGAAACGUAACCUCUGUACAUAAAAAAAAAAUCAGUUAAACAUCACAUAGUAGACAGCCAUUAAAUUAUAAAAAAAUUAAUUUAUGAAGAAAGACCUUUUGUACAGAUUGAAAAAAAAGAUUUUCAUAGAGAUAUCUAUAUGAUCAAGAGAGUUAAUUUUUUAUUUUUGUUUUACUAGUGCCACAGACUUGCCAGUGGUAACUUAUUUGUCCGGUUCGAGAUAACUCUGUAGUUUUCUUUCCUAGGACUUGUUGUUAAACGCCAAAAGACAUUUUUGAACUGUACAUUUGAUCAGAUUGUUAGCUUUUCUGUUUUAUUUCUUUUGAGAACCUUUGAAUAAAAAACAUCUGAAAUUUUA